GACAGUGCAAAGGACGAAAAGAAGCAGCAGCCCUCCUAGUUAUACAGUAACAGGUUACAGUGUCACAUUCAUCUGCAGUGGCUUUUUAUCUCAGACAAAAAACAUCCAGAAAAGCUACAGGUGGAGCUGCAGAUGAGACUUCCUCUUCGCUCCUUUUGCAUCUUCAGGAGUUUAUUCUCUCAAAGGCAGCAAACAACAAACCCACAGAGGCGAGGCCUGAGCGGGGCAGCGAUGCGCCUGGUGCAGUUUCAUCGCCAUGGCGACGCAGGAGGCAUCAGAGUGGGAGUGGAGCGAGAUGACGGAGGGCUCGGCGUAGUGGAUCUGAAGGCGUUUGACCCCUCGAUGCCCUCGACGAUGAGAGAGCUGCUGGAGCUGGGAGACAAGGGUCUGGAGUGUGCACAGAGAGCCUUGUCGUCCGGUCAGUGUGUGGUGGAGCGAUCAGACAUCCAGCUGCUCUCUCCCGUGUUGGCCCCAGAGAAGGUGGUGUGUGUGGGCAUGAACUACCGGGACCACUGCCUGGAGCAGAACGCGCCGAUCCCCAAAGAGCCCAUCAUCUUCAGCAAGUUCCCGAGCGCCAUCACCGGGCCGUACGAUGACAUCGUUCUGCCCUCAGAGAGCCAGGAGGUGGACUGGGAGGUGGAGCUGGCCUUUGUGAUCGGACGAAGAGGAAAACACAUUAAGGAGGAGGACGCUCUCUCCUACGUGGCCGGGUUCACUGUGGCCAAUGACGUCAGCGCUCGUGACUGGCAGAUGAAGCGCAACGGGAAGCAGUGGCUGCUGGGAAAAACGUUUGACAGCUUCUGUCCUCUCGGCCCCGCCUUAGUGACCACUGAGGCUGUGAAAGAUCCCCAUAACCUCGGCGUCCGCUGCCUUGUUAAUGGAGACACAGUCCAGAGCAGCAACACUGAUCAGAUGAUCUUUAAGACGGAGGCGCUGGUGGCCUGGGUCUCAAAGUUUGUGACGUUGACUCCAGGAGACGUUUUCCUGACGGGUACUCCUCCAGGUGUGGGUGUGUUCAGAAAACCACCCGUCUUUCUCAAGAAAGGAGACGUGGUGGAGUGCCAGAUCGACCAAUUAGGCUCUAUAAUCAACAAAGUGGUAUAAACCCCAAAAACUAAAUUGCCGAAAAGUACAAUCUGCUGUUGAAUAAACUGCACUUCACACAAUGAAUUUUUAAAAA